AGAUACGACCAUCUCUUUCUAGCAAUCAUAUGUUUUGGUGCCUCUCGCUUCCACUGAGGCUUUUGGGUGAGAUAUUUCGUCGAUUGACAGAAUUGGAGUAAAAAGAAAACCGAGUGAAAAAAUGGACGAGGAACAAAAGUCCGGAGAAAGUCCGUCUGGAACAGAUGACAUCCCAGACCUUCAGUCCGCCAAGAGGACACGAUUCAGUGACACAGAUGCCGACAAAGAGACUGGCCACGGUGCUGAGAAUCAGAGCACCUGUGCCAUGUCCGAUGGAUUCAGUGGGAUGCGGAGUCAGGUUGACAGUGGCAGUGAGGCCAAUGACGUCGGAGAAGCCUCAACGUCUACGGCUUUAUCCUCAGUGAGCUCCUCCUCAAAGAUCACAGCUGUGGCAACGAGUGAAGAUAGUGGUCGAUGUGCCUCUGGCUCGGGCACCAGCACAGCCGCCAAUGGCGGAGAAAGUCGCCCGGCCAAGUCACCGACUGUGGCCAAGACAAAGCACGCCAACAGGAAUUAUCGCUCAUCGAAAUUUCGCUCCUUCGUCGGUUCCUUCUGUUCCCCAACACCUUCGACAUCUGACGAUGACGAUGAGGGCGCUACGACAUUCAGACAGCGUCUCACUGAGCGCAAGGAACGUCGAGAACGCGAUCCGAGUCCCCAGAGAGAAUCCCGGGAAUCACGAAUGGAAGUAGAUGAAUUGAGCAGUGAUCAUGAGCAGAGAUCUGUGGCAAAUACUGCCUCGAGAAGCUCCUCAUCGUCACCAUCGCUCUUCACCUCGAGCCUCUUCCAACACUCCGAUUCGGACAACAACGAUGCCUACAGCUCCCAGUCAUCCGUGCAGUCGCACGAAUUCAAUGCCGUAGGCAACAAGGCAGAGUUCCUCACAUGGCAGAAGCCAGCUCACACUUGGUGCUCAGUCCCUGAGCUCAUCUACCGCCAAAUUGGGCUCACUGGCCGUGGUAGGCGCACUCUUGCCGGACGUUCAACUCACAUGUUUGAACGUCGCUUCGGCGGCUCCCGACACGCCGUGGAGCGCCUGGAAUUGAUGGUGAAGCUCAAUGAACACGAAGGCUGUGUCAACAGUCUCAAUUUCAAUCGGGCCGGAGACCUUCUUGUGUCCGGAUCCGAUGAUCUGAAGAUCAUCCUGUGGAAGUGGGCCAGUCAGGAGAAGCACGAUUUCAGCUUCGACAGUGGCCACACAUCCAAUGUUUUCCAGACAAAAUUCAUGGAACUCGGGAAUGUGCACAUCAUCUCCAGCGCGAGAGAUGGCACAGUGAGACAUCACGAAGUGCCUCCGGGAAGCGAUAAACCCAUCAGCACAUUGCUCAUUAAGCACCUUGGACCCGUUCACAAGGUCGCCCUGCCUGCCACAGCACCCUUUGAAGUGCUCUCCGCCGGGGAGGAUGGGAACGUCAUUCGAUGCGAUUUGAGAGAGGGCAACAAACGUGAGAGGAUCGUUACUAUAAAGGUCCACAAUAGGCGCGUUCCACUCUACAGCAUUUCCUCGCAUCCGAUCGAUCAGGAAUUCUGUGUUUCCGGACGCGAUCAGUUUGUUCGGGUGUACGACAGACGCAAUGUGAAGAAUGCCCUGAAGAUCUUGAGCCCUGAACAUUUGGCUAAUAAGAAACCCUUCACCAUCUACAUCACUUGCGCUGUGUACAAUUGGGUGGGUACAGAAAUCCUUGCGUCCUACAGUGACGAAGAUGUCUACUUGUUCGACAACAAAUACCAAACUCCUGGUUCAUAUCUGCACAAAUACCAGGGACACGACAAUAGCUCCACGAUCAAAGGAGUCAAUUUCUUCGGGCCACGCUCGGAAUUUGUGAUGAGUGGCAGUGACUGUGGCAAUUGUUUCUUCUGGGAUAAAAACACAGAGACCAUUGUCCAGUGGAUGCCAGGAGAUGAGGCUGGAGUGGUUAAUGUUCUUGAACCACAUCCCACUUUUCCCAUUCUCGCCACUUCGGGAUUGGAUCAUGAUGUUAAGAUUUGGAUGCCGUCGAAUGAAAAUGAACCAAAUCUCGAGGGAUUGAAAAAGUGCGUCCAGCGCAAUCUCACAUGUCGCAAUGUGGUUGGUGAGGACAUUUUUGACGAUCGCAUGAUCACCUUUUUUGUGAGGCAGUGCCUAAGGAAUCGCCGUGAACGUGAUCCAAAUUACUGUCCCAACGUCACUGAGCUCGUUUCAUCAUCUGACAGUGAUGACGAUGUCGACAACAUGGGCAAUGACAUGGAUCCGGACAACUUGCGUUCUCUUCCAUGUGCACCAUCCUAGGAUAUGAUGCUGGCUCAGCACGCUCAGCACACACUUCAGUGAUCUAUCUUACAAUACACUUUCUAAAGAUUACCCUAAAAACUUUGUGAGUCGUCCCUUCAAGUGUCUACUGUUUAUCCUGAUUUUUCUUUCCCCAAAUAUUAUCCUUUGCUAAUCUCCACCAUCUCCCCCUAAAAAAUCAUAUUAAUAUUGAAAAUUAGAUAUAGGACUCAAGUGAUUCCUACAGAUGUUUAUAUAUGAAAUCACACAACUGUGGGGAUAUUAAAUCGAUUUAUUCACGGGGUA